CAUCUCAGAUGUUACUCCUCUCAAGUCCCAACUCCUCUCUGCUACUACAAAACAAAAAUUAAAAUUUCCAAUUACACCCAAUUUUUGCCAAAAAAAAAAUUACACCCAAUUUUAAAAUUAUCAAAACCCUUAAUUCAUGAAAUUAAAUUAACUCAGUAAUCAUGAGUGGAAACGAGUUCCGAUUCUUCCUAUCAUGCGAUAUAAAUCUGCCGGUAACCUUUCGCGUUGAGAGAUUAGAAGGAUUGCUGCCUUCUACUAAAUCUCCUAAUUCAGGAAUUGAUUCUGCAAUAACAGAUGACAGAAAGGCGGAGCUGUAUGUGGAGUGUGCAUUGUAUAUCGAUGGAGCUCCAUUUGGUCUUCCAAUGAGAACUAGGCUCGAGUCAAGUGGAGUGUCAUAUCGUUGGAAUGAGUUGAUUACGUUGAGUACUAAAUAUCGUGACUUAACUGCCCAUUCGCAGCUUGCUUUUACUGUUUGGGAUGUUUCAUGCGGGAAAGAUGAGGGAUUGAUUGGUGGGGCUACCAUUCUUCUCUUCAACAGCAAGAUGCAACUCAAAACUGGCAAGCAAAAGCUUAGGCUUUGGCUAGGAAAAGAAGCCGAUGGAUCAUUUCCUACAGCCACUCCUGGAAAGGUUCCUAGGCAUGAGCGGGGAGAGUUAGAGCGUUUAGAAAAGCUUGUGAAUAAAUACGAGAGGAAACAGAUCCCAUCCGUUGAUUGGCUUGACCGUCUGACAUUCAAGGCUUUGGAGAAAAUCAAGGAACGCGAGAGCUCUAGAAAUGGAAGUUCUCACUUAUACUUGGUUAUUGAUUUUUGUGGCUUCGAACAUCGAGUUGUUUUUCAGGAAUCAGGAGCAAACUUCCUGUUGCCAUCUCCAAUAGCUUCAACAAAUGAACUUGUUAUUGUGUGGGAUCCAGAAAUGGGCAAGAUAAAUCCUUCUGAGCACAAGCAACUAAAGUUGGCAAGAAGUCUAACCCGUGGAAUUAUUGACAGGGAUCUGAAGCCAAGCUCCAAUGAACGAAAAUCAAUACAGAGGAUUCUAAAAUACCCACCAACAAGGACUCUAAGUGGAGACGAGAGACAGCUCCUGUGGAAAUUCCGUUUCUCAUUGAUGUCUGAGAAGAAGGCUCUCACAAAGUUUCUACGUUGUGUUGAAUGGAGUGAUGUCCAGGAAGCAAAACAGGCACUGGAUAUGAUGGGUAGGUGGGAGACAAUUGAUGUCUGUGACGCCCUAGAGCUUCUGUCGCCUGUUUUUGGAAGUGAAGAGGUUCGUGCAUAUGCUGUCAGCGUUCUUGAAAGAGCUGAUGACGAAGAGCUUCAGUGUUACUUACUUCAAUUGGUUCAGGCCCUUCGCUUUGAACGCUCUGAUAAAUCUCGCCUUUCGCAGUUCCUUGUCCACCGCUCAAUAAAUAAUAUUGAGUUGGCCAGCUAUCUUCGUUGGUAUCUUUAUGUUGAACUUCAUGACCAUGACCCUGCAUAUGCCAAACGCUGUUUCUGCACCUAUGAGAUCCUAGAAGAGAAUAUUAAGUUGGCGGAUGGCCCAAAUGGAGAAGAUGGAUUCAAGGUAUGGAAUAGUUUGUUGCGUCAGAAAGAAUUGACAGCUCAGUUGUGCUCUAUUAUGAGAGAUGUAAGGAAUGUGCGAGGUAACACCCAGAAGAAGAUUGAAAAGCUUAGACAACUUCUCUCUGGUCUUCUUAGUGAACUUACCUAUUUUGAGGAGCCAAUUCGAUCACCACUUACUCCCGGUGGCCUCAUCACUGGGAUUGUACCAUCAGAGUCAUCAAUAUUUAAGAGUGCAUUGCAUCCAUUACGUUUGACUUUCCGGACGCAAAGCGGCGGAACUUGCAAAGUCAUAUUUAAGAAGGGUGAUGAUAUUCGACAAGACCAAUUGGUUAUCCAAAUGGUAUCACUGAUGGAUCGUCUGCUCAAGUUGGAAAACCUUGACCUUCAUUUAACUCCAUAUAAGGUGCUGGCUACCGGACAAGAUGAAGGCAUGCUUGAAUUCAUACCAUCACGAUCUUUGGCUCAGAUUCUCUCUGAGCACCGCAGCAUUAUAAGUUAUUUGCAGAAAUUUCAUCCUGAUGAACAUGGACCAUUUGGAAUUACAGCCACCUGCCUUGAAACAUUUAUAAAAAGCUGUGCUGGCUACUCCGUCAUCACGUACAUACUGGGAAUUGGAGACAGGCACCUGGACAACCUUCUUCUUAGGGAUGAUGGGCGUCUAUUCCAUGUUGAUUUUGGUUUUAUUCUUGGCCGAGAUCCAAAGCCAUUCCCACCACCAAUGAAGCUCUGCAAGGAGAUGGUUGAGGCUAUGGGUGGUGCAGAAAGCCAAUUUUAUACUCGUUUCAAAUCAUAUUGUUGCGAAGCAUACAACAUUCUUAGAAAAUCUAAUAACCUGUUUUUGAAUCUAUUCCAUCUGAUGGCUGGCUCCAAUAUACCCGAUAUUGCUACGGAUCCUGAAAAGAGCAUUCUUAAGCUUCAAGAGAAGUUCCGCCUGGAUCUGGAUGAUGAGGCUGCCAUACACUUUUUCCAGGAUGUUAUCAACGAAAGUGUUAGUGCUCUGUUUCCUCAAAUGGUGGAGACAAUUCAUAGAUGGGCGCAGUACUGGCGUUAACCUUAGAGAUGAAUUAGGUAAAGAUUCUGUUCUGCACCGUUUUCUGUUCCUUAUCCAAUUUGUCGGGUUUGUUGUUUCAGUUAUAAAUUUUGUUUAUGAAACUGACUCCUCCUUUUGUGAAAGUUCUAAAUGGAAUUAAUUUAUAAUCGGGGCCUGUGAUACACUGAUACUAUACUCAGUGCAUGCGCAAUUUUUCUGUUUGUAAUUGGAAAAUGCUCAUCACAUUUGCCUGCAGGUUGUAACUGUUUCAAAGGUCUUCGUAAUUAUCUGAUUAUGUAAAUAACAAUGUAAAUAAAGAGAGGCCGUGCACAUCGACAAAAAUUUUCCUUGGCUAUUACGACUCGGUAUGUGGUCCUUGUUUGAACUGCAUUUGAUACUUUCUGAUUCCGAUAAUGUGACUGAAUUUCCUAUU